UUAGUCAUGGUCACUACACGCAUGACUACACAGACUACACUAGAGAUUUUUUAAUGCAUCAAAGGCAGCUGUAAACAUGUUUAGAAGAACAAACUAUAAUCAUAUUAUAAUAUACAACAACGGUCAACCGGAGGAUUCUGGUCCUAUAGAAAUGGGUCUCCAUUAUCUCCUGGGCAAAUAGCAAAGUCGGACCACUUACAAUAAACGUGAUCAGCUGGUCUGACUGUGAAAGACACAAGGGUAAAUCAUGAUACCCAUUACGGAGCUGCGUUAUUUUGUGGAUACCCAACCUGCAUACCGCAUCCUGAAACCAUGGUGGGAUGUUUUCACGGAUUACCUUUCUGUGGUGAUGUUGAUGAUAGCUGUGUUUGGAGGAACACUGCAGGUCACUCAAGACAAAAUGAUUUGCUUGCCUUGCAAAUGGGUGGUAAACAAGACUUGCAGGAAGUAUUUUAACUCCACCCUCUCCGCAGCUCAACUCUUAGAACCUAAAGGUAUCCAGUACAACCUUGACCGUCACCAGUACAACUACGUGGAUGCUGUCUGUUAUGAGAAUAAACUCCACUGGUUUGCCAAGUAUUUCCCAUACCUAGUGCUACUGCAUACCCUAAUUUUUUUGGCAUGUAGCAACUUCUGGUUUAAGUUCCCUUGGACAAGCUCUAAACUCGAGCAUUUUGUAUCCAUUUUGCUGAAAUGUUUUGACUCCCCUUGGACAACACGAGCGCUUUCAGAGACAGUGGUUGAGGAGAGCGACCCUAAAGCACUAGGAAAAAUGAACGGGUCAUUGGACAAGAAAGCGUCGUGUCUCAGUGAUGAUGUUGAGGCCACGGUUUCCAUGAUUCCCCCCAUGUACCGUAUUGAACAAGGCAUUGUGGACCACUCCGAUUCUGGUGUCCUGGACAAAAAAGAGGGCGAACAGGCCAAAGCUCUAUUUGAAAAGGUUAAAAAAUUUCGCAUACAUGUAGAAGAAGGGGACAUAGUGUACAGACUGUAUAUUCGGCAGACCACCAUAAAAGUAAUUAAGUUCAUAGUGAUUAUCUGCUACACAGGCUUUUAUGUACAUAACAUUCAGUUCCAUGUUGAUUGCAGUGUGGAUAUUGAGAAUCUCACUGGCUAUCAAAUGUACCAUUGUACGCACCCCCUUGCAACCCUCUUCAAAAUUCUUGCUUGCUUUUAUAUAAGUCUUGUAGUUGUUUAUGGGGUUAUCUGCAUGUACACUUUGGGUUGGAUGCUCCGUCGUUCUCUCAAAAAGUACUCUUUUGAGUCCAUUAGAGAAGAAAGUAGCUAUAGUGAUAUACCUGAUGUCAAAAAUGACUUUGCUUUCAUGCUUCAUAUGAUAGACCAGUAUGACCCCCUUUACUCUAAGCGGUUUGCGGUUUUCCUGUCUGAGGUGAGCGAAAAUAAACUGAGGCAGCUUAAUCUUAACAAUGAGUGGACACUGGACAAACUUAGGCAGCGAAUCACUAAAAACUCUCAGGAAAAGCUUGAGCUCCAUCUCUUUAUGCUGGGUGGUAUCCCAGAUACUGUAUUUGAUCUGGUUGAGCUUGAGGUCUUAAAACUUGAGUUGAUACCGGAUGUUACCAUACCGCCAAUUAUUGCCCAACUCACUAACCUGAGGGAGAUGUGGCUUUAUCACACACCCGCGAGAAUAGAGGCACCUGCUCUAGCGUUUCUGCGUGAGAAUCUAAAAGCCCUACACAUAAAAUUCACCGAUAUCAAGGAAAUCCCACUGUGGAUCUAUAGUCUAAAGAAUCUUAGUGAGUUGCACCUCACAGGCAAUCUUAGUUCAGACAACAAUCGAUACAUAGUUAUUGACGGGUUACGGGAAUUAAAGAGACUGAAGGUUUUGCGACUGAAAAGCAACCUCACAAAGUUGCCACAGGUUGUUACAGAUGUUGGGGUGCACCUGCAGAAACUGUCAGUGAAUAACGAAGGCACAAAACUGAUGGUACUGAACAGCCUGAAGAAAAUGGUGAACCUAUCAGAAUUGGAGCUUGUACGGUGUGACUUGGAGCGCAUUCCUCACUCAAUAUUCAGCCUCCACAAUCUUCAAGAGAUUGACUUGAAGGACAACAACUUGAAAACCAUUGAGGAAAUCAUAAGCUUCCAGCACCUCCAUCGACUUGUUUGCCUCAAACUCUGGUACAACCAGAUUGCCUACAUUCCUAUCCAGAUAGGCACCCUGACAAAUUUGGAGAGACUCUACCUGAAUCGAAAUAAAAUUGAGAAAAUACCAAGCCAACUCUUCUUCUGCCGCAAAUUGCGGUUUAUUGACUUGAGUCACAACAACCUUACUUCUAUACCAGCUGACAUUGGGUUCUUACAAAAUCUACAGUACUUUGCUGUGACAUCAAACAGGAUUGAAAUUCUCCCCCCUGAGCUGUUCCAGUGCAAAAAGCUGCGUGCACUAAACCUAGGGAAUAACUACUUGCAAGUUUUACCAUCUCGCUUCGGUGAACUCACAAGCCUCCAGCAGCUGGAGCUCCGAGGCAAUCGAUUGGAAGGUCUACCUGUUGAACUAGGGGAGUGCCAUUUGCUGAGAAGGAGUGCAAUAAACGUUGAAGAAGACCUUUUCAAAACCUUACCUACUGAAGUCAAGGAAAAACUGUGGCGCUCAGACAAAGAUGCAUCAUGAGUGUGACAGUAGGUCUAUGGUGUGAAAUAAGAUUCAUAAUUACAAAUGGAUCUAUGAACAAGAUUGAAUAUAAACUAGAUUAGUGUUAUUGUUUCUCUGAUGACCUGACAAUUUAUAUGCAAAAGGACACAUUUUUAAUUCUGAAUUUAAGUUUAUGUACUGGAGAAACUGAACAAUAAUGGUCUUCAUAGGCCUUGUAUGUGUGAUAUGUGAUUCGUCCUUUUUAGUUUUCUUUAAUGUAAGGGCCCACACACUGGAUUAUUAUUGUGCCAGUUUAUUUUUCAGCGCAUGUUAGGAACAACUUUGUGAUAAUGUUCAGAAGAUACCAUGAUAUAAGUCAUUAAUUGUUCUGCCAUAAAUUCAUACUCCAACAAGUAGUAAGUCUGCAGUAUUUCUGUAUAUGUAACCACCAACCAAUGGGUGUCAUCUCUGUCUAUGUCAGGUGGAAGAAAUAUAGUUGUUUUCAUGAUAACCCAGUAUAAAGACUCUACCAGGUGUUAACACUGUAAGGUAAAUGUGACCCAUAACUGUGUUUUUUUUUUUGCUUACAAUUGGCUCAAAUAUGUUAUACAAGAGAUAACUCAUAGUCCAUCGGACAGUAUCAGAAAACAAAUCCUGACAACUGCUUGCUUAGUCCUGCUUAGAAAUGAUUUGCUUUUCAGUAGUGACUGGUGGGCUAUAUGUUAUUUAUUAUAUGGCUACUUGGCAAAAGGACAAAAUAAACUUAAACACCCAAUAUGUCUUUUGAAAUUCCAUUGUUUCCAUUCCAUUGUUUUUGCCGAGAGGAAAUAGUUCUUCAGGCAAAUAGAAAAUAACUUUUUAAGCUGUAGGUGCUGCAUACUGUAGCAGCAUACAGUAUUUAUCUUUAACUUUCAUCACAGAUAUAUGAAUCAGAAGCACAAAACCUGUUGCCUAAUUUUUUUUUCAAGCGGUCAUCAUUGGGAAUCAGACCUCUCAAUUGAUUUCAAUGGGACUUCCUCCAGUAUUCUGAAGAGCCAUAUAAUAAGCCAGUUUGAACAGCCAAUCAUGAAGGAGUUUUUAACUGAUUGGGUCUAUGCACAUUUAUUAUUAUAGAGAUUGCAGAAGUCAUUACUACAUGUGCCAUGGCAAGAUGAUGAUUUUUUUUAAUUCAUUGUUUUGCAGAACAGAUGUGUCAUUUAACAGCUUCUGGCAGCUCAGUGUACUCUAAAAUGUUUUUUGGUUGUUGUUUAUUAAUUUAUUUAUUUAUUUAUUUCACAAAGGUUGUAAAUGCAAUGUUUAUUUCUUUUUUGGAAGGUGUAACCAGACAGACUGCAAAAAUGGAAUCAGCUAGAAAACAAUACAAAUAAAAAUUCCAUCAUCUCAUUGUUUGAGUUGGCUGACAACGAACAUUAAUCCUAAAUCUCUGAUUAUGCAAUAAAAGAAUUUCCAACAA